AUGGCUCCUCCAGCUAAUGCCGUUCUUCUUCAGGAGCUGAAAGUCUUUACUGGCACUUUCUCUUGGAGCCCUAAUAUCCUGCGACACAAUAUCGAACUUGCCCUUCCUGGCUACAAAUCCUACGAUCCAGCGACAUGGCCACGCAUUUCUGGGGAUAUCAUACGUCGAUUUGAUGGCAGCCCGUAUGACGGCUCCAGGGCUCUGCCUGCAGCAGGUGCAGCGUUCGACGAGGAUGUCAUGGAACUUUUCCUCGGCAAUGUCGCCAAGGAUUGGGCAUUCGAUACUUCGGAGCUCACCAGGAAUCAACGUAAACCCGAUUCUACCAUACGCAAAGGCUUCAAAGACUUCCCAUUCAUAUUUACAUAUGAUGGUAACCGUAAGCGGAGAGCGAGAUGGUGCUGGAUGCCCCCUUGUGUACGUAGCGCUUAUGUCAAGCUACUGGGUCCAGGCGCAUCUGCUUCUACAAACCAGAUCCAACCAUCUCGAGUGGCCCAUUCAGCUGCGUCAAGCGACCGACAACCACAGCCACCUCUUGUCAACCCAUUGUUCGCCGGAUCUGGCCCGUCACGUCCUGCAUCUCUAGCACCAAAGCCACAGGUUAGAGACACAGAGCAAACGCUUAUCGGGUCGGGCUCACACGAGCUUCCGAAAUCAUCUGAAGCAGCAUACCAGGAGAUGCUUGGAAUGCUUGAGGAUCAACACCUAGAGAUCAAGGAGCCUCACAACAUGCAAGCAGCAGUGGCUCAAGAAAUCCCAAGAGCAGAAGAAGCAGAAGCAGUGUCGAAAGCAGCAUAUCAGCAAUGUGAAAGUGCAGUGAAAGAGCUUACCGAACUGGCUGGUUUAGGGUUCCUUGCCUUGCGUACCGAGCUCGAUGGGAAGGUGAAAGGAUUUGACGACAAAGCGAGGAAGUUAGAGCAACGUGCUAUUACCGCCGAGAAGAGGAACGAUGUCCUAGAGCAGAACUUGGAGUCAUGCAAGCGUAGAGUGCAGGAUCUGGAGCUGCAGCUCAAUUCCCGAGACGCUGAGCUUGCAGCUGCUAAGGCAGAAGCUACCCAAGCGGACGAGCGACUUAUGAAACUAUGGGCUGCAAUGGAGAAGAGUAGGGACUCGAUAUCAAGGAAGAGGAAAGAAGUGAAUGAGCCUCCAGCAUUGAUGGAAGCGGGUGAAUCUAGGAAUACCAAGCGGGCUCGUAAGGUUCAGCAACCCUCUGUGGAGUCGGAUCAUGACGACGAUGAGAGUGAUGAGCUGGAAGAUGGUGAAAUCCGCCAAGUCUCUCCUCCUAUAGUGAAGACGGAACUGCUGGUACGUCAUGCCAUCCUAGAACAGGCAGUUGAGGGGUUAUUGAACUAA